CAGGAACAUUAGCGAGAAAAGACACGAUCAACUUUCUUCCCCUGCGGAACUUCCCUGCGGAACAUGGCUCCAUUUCUCGACUAGCUGGCCGAAUACGUCGUGGCUAUUCUGGAAGCUUGGGCCAGAGACACUAACCCGCUUCGGGCCCCAGGCAAAACGGGGGCCAAUCUCUCCUGAGCUGGUGAUUUACGUGCCCUGCCGCUUGUAUGCGCUUGGCAUCGCACCUCCACUCCUCCAGCAGGCCGUCCCAAACCUCCAGACUUGUGGCUUCGAGGUCAUGAGGCUGAAGCUGAGGAUCCGACACUCAUCAUGGCCGAGUCCUACCCGACGCUGACGCAAUGCGCCCUCGUGGCCGCGGCCUUUAAGGUCCUCUUGUUCCCGGCCUACAAAUCCACCGACUUCGAAGUCCACCGCAAUUGGCUCGCCAUCACCCAAAGCCUCCCACUCAAGGACUGGUACUUUGAGAAGACUUCGGAAUGGACGCUCGACUACCCGCCCUUCUUCGCCUACUUCGAAUGGGUCCUCGCCCACGUUGCGCGCCUCAUCGACCCCCUCAUGGUGCGCGUCUAUAACCUCGACUACGACAGCUGGCAGACAAUCUACUUCCAGCGCUCCUCCGUCAUCAUCACCGAGCUUGUCCUCGUCUACGCCCUGCAAUGCUUCAUCGACUCGACGCCCCUGGGCUCGAAGCGCGCCGCCCAGGUCGCCGCCCUGUCCGUCAUCCUGUCGCCGGGCCUCCUGAUCAUCGACCACAUCCACUUCCAGUACAAUGGCUUCAUGUACGGCAUCCUCGUGUUGUCGCUUGUGCUGGCGCGUGGUAAGGCCACGCUGCUGUCCAGCGGCCUCAUCUUUGCGACGCUGCUGUGCUUCAAGCACAUCUAUCUGUACCUGGCGCCCGCGUACUUUGUGUUCCUCCUACGGGCCUACUGCCUUUCCGCCAAGUCCAUCUUCCGGAUCCGCUUCCUCAACUGCAUUAAGCUGGGACUGGGCAUCGGGGGGAUUUUUGGCGCUGCUUUCGGCCCAUUUGUUGCGAUGGAGCAGAUUCCCCAACUAUUCAGCAGGUUGUUCCCCUUCUCCCGAGGACUCUGCCAUGCGUACUGGGCCCCCAACAUCUGGGCACUGUACUCGUUUGCGGAUCGCGUUUUGAUCCACCUCGCCCCGAGACUCGGCCUGGCGGUCAACCAGGGAGCGUUGCAGAGCGUCACCCGCGGGCUGGUCGGUGAUACUGCAUUCGCAGUGCUGCCCGAGAUUAGUCCAAGAAUGUGCUUCGCCUUGACCCUUUUCUUCCAGGUGCUGCCUCUGAUCAAGCUGUUUUUGCAACCUACCUGGGAGAACUUCAUCGGCGCCGUCACCCUGUGUGGCUACGCAUCGUUCCUGUUCGGAUGGCAUGUUCAUGAAAAGGCCAUCCUUCUGGUCAUCAUUCCCUUCAGUCUUAUUGCGCUGCGAGAUAGACGGCAUCUGGGAGCCUUCCGACCACUGGCCGUGGCUGGACAUGUGUCAUUGUUCCCGCUCCUGUUUACGCCGGCAGAGUUCCCUAUCAAGACGGCGUACACGAUUUUCUGGCUGGUUGUGUUCCUCAUGGCAUUUGACCGCCUGGCACCAGCCUCGAACAAGCCGAGAUUCUUCCUGCUGGAUCGGUUCAGCACGCUGUACAUUGCAGUGAGCAUACCACUCAUUCUAUACUGCUCGUUGCUGCAUCAGAUCUUUUUUGGCAAGGCCUACGAGUUUAUCCCCUUAAUGUUUACGAGCUCGUACUCGGCGAUAGGGGUCGUCGGGAGCUGGGUGGGUUACAUGGUGGUGUACUUUACUGCAUGAGAUGCGUGCGCCAAUCUGACUGGCGGGGGCCCCAUUUGUCUCGUCCCCGGCCAUUACUGCGGCUUUGCCGUUAGAGAUACCCCGAAAAAGUAGAUUUUAUUUAUAUUGUCACGAAGAAAUACGAAUGCGGUGAUGUCUUGAAGUAGCUGAAUUGAUCAGCUGCACGUCGUCAAAUGUUGUGGCUUGUGUUUGAG